AUGGGCGCCGCGGAAUCCCGUCCGCCGCCAUCGUACGUUAUGGAGUACUUUGAGGUGAACCAGCGUGUUUCGUACAAGAGCCAGCAUGGCUUCGAAACGACCUGCGUAGUCGUCGGCAAACGCUUCAGCCCCGAACACAACUGCUUCGUCUACAACGUCCGCCAAGACUCGGGUGGUCGCAACCGCGGUGCCUUCCCCUGGCAACUCAAGGCCCUCAGCCCGCCACCCGCCGCUGCGGGCUACCCCACAUCAGCUGGCCCAUACGGCCAUCCCCAACAGCCCGGCCCCUACCAUGCCCCUAUGAACAACAAUGUCCCCCCGCCUGCCUACACACCAACAGCACAGACGGCCUACCCACCCGCCCACCAACAGUAUGCCGCAGCCAUGCCCCCGGGCACCACCCCAUAUCCUCAUGGCUACACACAGAGCCCGCCACCCCCCAUGGGCUAUUAUCAACAGCCAUCCAAUCCCGUGGCACCCCCUACCGGCCCCUACAAGUCAUGA